GGCAAUUCUGCAAUAUAGAUAGAAUAAAGGCCAUCAUAACGCUACUAUUAUCUCUUCCUCUUCCUCUUCCUCUUCCUCUCUUACCCAGCAAUAUUAGCUGGCCAGACCUUCUGCAGUAAUUACAAUGGUGCCAGGCAACACAGCUGAUACCUUGGUUGGAAUUGGAGGAUUCCUAAUGGUAAUAUUCAUUUCAUGCUUGUUUUAUCAUGUAUGGAUCAAAACACAGCAACAGAGAGAGCAUUCAAUAUUAAAAUUACGACAAAUGUCUUUGGCAAUACAAAGUGUGAUAAGUUUAUGGAAGAUGGAAGGCAGCAACUUGGGAUUUUCACAGUAUGAUUACUCGCAUAUAAAGGAAGCUACAAAUAACUUUUCAGUUGGUAACAAAUUGGGGCAAGGUGGCUUUGGUCAUGUAUACAAGGGCCGAUUGAGCAGUGGAAUUAAAAUAGCAGUCAAGAGACUAGAAACAUGUUCUUUACAAGGUUUAUUGGAAUUCCAAAAUGAAAUUCAGCUUAUAUCAAAGCUUCAACACAAAAAUCUCGUUAAGCUGCUGGGUUACUGCACUAAAGGAGAACAAGAAAAGAUGCUUGUAUACGAAUACAUGGAAAAUAAAAGUCUAGACUGCUUCAUAUUUGGCAAGACUCAUCGCUUCUACAUGUGUAAUGCUGUUUAUAGCAUGUCAACAGCUUUAAUUAAUUAUACACCUUUUGCAGAUAAUGUGAAGGGAGCACAACUAAACUGGUCAAAACGUAUGCACAUAAUUGAUGGAGUAGCUCAAGGGCUUCUUUACCUUCACAACUAUUCACGGUUAUGCGUUGUGCAUAGGGAUUUGAAAGCAAAUAACAUUCUCUUGGAUGGUGAAAUGAAUCCAAAAAUAUCUGAUUUUGGGAUGGCCAGAAUAUUCUGCUCAAAUGUGAAAGAAUCAAAUACCACCAGAAUAGUGGGCACACAUGGGUACAUACCUCCUGAAUAUGCUUUUCAUGGGGUUUGCUCCAUCAAAACGGAUGUUUUUAGCUUCGGCGUAUUGACACUGGAAAUCAUAAGCUCAAAGAGGACAGCCCAAUUCUAUGACUACAAUGGAAAGCUGUACAAUCUCAUCUCAUAUGUGAGUGUAACCUUAACACCAUCCAGAACUUUUAUCUAUGCAUACCCAUUUGCUUCUAAAUGCAGACCCCAAUGUUACUUGUUUCACAAAACAUGCUACUUUGGCAGGCUUGGCUACUUUGGAGAGAUGAAAAAUUGGAUCAUCGACCUGAUAUGGAGCGAGUUGUCACAAUGCUAAACACUAAAGAUGUGAGCUUACCCAAGCCUAUGCAACCAGCUUACUUCCAUGUAAAUCCAUGUGAAGAAGAAGUUUCAUCAUGCGGUGCGAUUAUGGCUAUGAGUAUCACGCUAGAAAGGUAGGACUACAUUGCCAUCAAUCAAUUCUGAGAGAAAUGCUGAUAGUUAUCUUCAUCAAGAAGAAAAUAUUUGCGUCAAUAUAGUCAUAUGAGUAUGCUUGAUUGUUAUCCAUAUUUUUUAAUACAACUUACACAUUUUACACUUUUGUUCGGGUAUGCAAAACCAUCGCCCGGCGAUGCUAUACGGUGCUGAAUGUUGGCCUACAAAAAGGCGACAUGUCCAGCAACUGAGUGUAGCAAAGAUGUGUAUGCUGCAUUGGUUCUGCGAGCAUACAAGAAGGGAUAGAGUCCGGAACGAAGAGAUUCGAGAUAGGGUCGGGGUGGCACCUAUUGAGGAGAAGUUGAUUCAACAUCGGUUGAGAUGGUUUGGACAUGUACAACGGAGGCCUCCCGA